AUGUCCACCUGUCUUAAUUCAGCUUCCCCUUUUAAAUUAGCUCUCAUUCAAUUGGGAGGCACUGGUAGUGACAAGCAGAAAAACCUCCAGUUGGCUCGCCAAAAGGUCCUCGAGGCCGCGGGCAAUGGAGCCAAUGUAGUUGUCUUACCUGAAUGUUUUAAUUCACCUUAUGGAACAAAGUUUUUCCCUGAAUACGCUGAAUCGCUCGAUAACAGUGAAUCCGUCAACAUGCUGUCGGGCGUUGCAAAGGAAGCGGGAAUUUAUUUAUUUGGAGGUUCCAUCCCUGAACGCGAUAACACCAGUGGCAAUGUCUUCAACACGCUGACUGUGUAUGAUCCUGAGGGAAAGAUGAUUGCAGUGCAUCGUAAAGUGCAUCUUUUUGAUAUUGAUGUCCCAGGAAAGAUUACCUUUAAGGAAAGCGAGACCUUGACGGGCGGUAACCACUUGACUCACGUUACUACAAAAUACGGCAAAAUUGGUGUGGGCAUUUGUUACGAUAUUCGAUUCCCUGAAAUGGCUAUGAUUGCGGCGAGAAAAGGAUGCAUGGCAAUGAUUUAUCCCGGCGCAUUUAAUACCACUACCGGCCCUAUGCAUUGGGAACUCUUACAACGUGCGAGAGCCGUGGACAAUCAAAUUUAUGUUGCUGCCUGCUCACCAGCUUUGGAUACCAACGCUUCCUAUCAUGCGUGGGGUCACUCGACUGUGGUGAAUCCAAGAGGCGAAGUAAUUGCAACAUGCGAUGAAAAAGAGGCAAUUGUUUAUGCGAAUAUCGACCCUGAGGAAAUCAAGUCUAUUCGUACAAAUAUUCCAUUGUAUGGACAGCGUCGUUUCGAUAUCUAUGGCGAUGUCACGGAAACCGUCCAGGACCGUGAUGAUGGUACUUGUGCAAAGAAGGCUACUAAAUGA